AUGAAUCAAGAUCAUAUAACCAAUCCUGAUAACUCCAAUAUUAAUAAAAAAGUAACUUUUGAUAUCUUUGAACCACAAAUUUCAAUUUCAGAUUAUUAUUAUUCCUCAUUAAAAGAUUUCACAGCCAUGGAUUCUAAAUCAAAUCAACAUAUAACUAAUUUAAGUAGUUCACCACCUGAAAAUGCUUCAUCAGCAUCAUCAAUGAAAUUCAUUGAUUCAACUAGCUCAAUAAAUUCCCUUUUUGAUAAUUCAGCCGUUAAUUUAUCAUCUACUUUAUCCCAAAAUUUACCUACUUUACCAACCACCACAAAUACAUCUACUACUAAUUUAACUCCUAUCCAAUCUAAAUAUGAAUUAAAAGAUUUUGAAUUCACUUCGAUUUUAAAUCAAAGAUUAUUAAAACAACAAGAAAUAAAUGAAGAAAAAUUAAUCAUUAUGUUAGUUGGAUUACCAGCUUCAGGUAAACUGACAAUCGCUAAACAAUUCAAACAAUAUAUGAAUAAUUUAACUAAUUUUAAAACUGAAAUUUAUAACGCUGGUAAUAUUAGAAGAAUUAAUAAUAAAGAUAAGAAUAAUAAUAGUGAUUAUUUCAAUCCUAAUAAUAUUCAAGGGAAAUUAGAUCGUGAAUUAUUCGUUGAUAUCACUUUAAAUAAUCUUUUAAAUGAUUUAUCCCUUGGAUUAAUUCAAAUUGGGAUUUUGGACGCUACAAAUACUACAAGAGAAAGAAGAGAACGUAUGGUUGAACUUAUGAAUCAAGCUAAAUCCACUAUGUCAGCUAAUAUUGUUAUAUUAGAUGUUCAAUGUUUCAAUUCUCGAUUUUUAAAUUUUAAUAUCAAUGGUAAAGCUAAUAAUUCAGAUUAUAAAGGUAAAGAUUAUUUCGAAGCUAUAAAUGAUUUUAAAAUCAGAUCAAAUCAUUAUAAACAAGUUUAUCAACCUAUUAGUGUUGAUGAAUUAAAUCAAUAUUCCAAUACUAUCAUCGAUCCAAUAACUAACAAUAGAGCUAUUUCAAUGUAUGUUAAGAUUCUUAAUUGUGGAGAGAUAUUUGAAUUUAACAAUAUAAAUGAUGAAUUCAAAUUAAAUCUGAAAUAUUUUAAAUUCUUUUUAGAAUUUAAGAAAUUUUAUUAUAAUUUCGAAAGAAAGAGAUAUUUAGAUGCAGUUGAUGCAUUCUAUAAUCAAAAUAAUGAGUAG